UUAAGGUAAAUUAUGAAGGUGCUAUAACAAAACUGAAACUUAAAUUAAAAACACAACUGACAUUAAUUUGUUUUGCUUAGGUUGAUGAAAUGGACACAGAGGUAGACAAUGAGAUAGAACUUUUAGAGAAGAAGUUUAGAGACAUACAAGAUAACUUGCAAAAGAUUGCGAGGGAGGGACCGAGUAAAGACACAUACCGAAGAGCUUUGAAGUCCAUGGUGCAGCGGUUGAGUCGACCAACAACACCAGAACAAGCCAUUGAAACCUUCUUGCGCUGGAAGGCAGCAUCACUAUCACUGGCAAGAAGAAGGUCAAAUAUGGGAGUGCAGCCCACAGCGAUUCAAAGAAGAAAGGAGGGAAAAACUAGGGGAGCAAAGAGAAUAAGAGCUGGUAGGCCUUACAAAAAAGAAUCAAUUGCUCGUAAGGCUAGUGGCAAAGAAGCACUACCUCGCAAACUUUCAGCAAGUGUAAAUGCAAACAAAACUCACAUCAAGUCUCACCAAAAAAAAAUGAAGUAAUAGAUGUAAAUAUGUUUAUUUUACAAUUUCAGUUUGAAAUUUUUAUCAUAGUUUAUUUAUAUUGAGAUGUAUUUU